GUUGACUGGACAGCGCCCUGGUUCGAGCCGCCUGCGGUAGACGAGUCCAUGCUACCGCCUAUCCUCGGCCACCACGUGCUGCACGCCUGCAAGGCUUUCUUCCCCAAGACGGGCCUGGGCGAGUCCAACAUCCACCCCAGGCUGUGGGCCCAAGGGCCAGCGGUGGGCCUAGCAGGCCUGGCAAGUAUCCUGAACUGCAUCGAGUGCGGAUCUGAUUGGCCCGUCUCGCAGCAGUGCAUCAUUUUCUGGCUUCAGCCCAAGCCCAAGGGCGGCAUGAGGAAUUUGGGGCUCCUACCAGAGCUCGUACGAGUAUGGGAGAAGAUCAGGGCCGACAUGUGCCUGUACUUCGACGACCUCGCGGCGUCGACCAGAGGCGACGUGGCCGCCGUGGCGGCGCUCCACAUGAAGCUGACCGACGGGAUCGUCUUCGCCUUCGAGCAGGUGCUCAAGCUGCAGGUCUCGAGAGGCAGGGGCGGCAAGACCGUAGUCGCGGUCUCGCGUGGCAGAGUGGAGCGGCAGCUAGGCAGCCAGAACAAGCAGAUGGGCAUUCAGUCCAAGAGGAUCAUGAAGGCCAAGGCCAGGAGCUGGAAGAUCCAGCGGGUCAAGGCCGCAGGCGGCGCAGUGGAGAGGGUGGUCAAGCUCGGGAUCGUGCCGUCGGAGCUCUACGGCACACGCGUUCAGGGCGCCACGGGCACGCUGAUCACCACGCUCAGGAGGACUGUGGCGGCGGCUUUCCCUGGCUGCAACAAGGGGAGGUCGGCCGCGCUGGCGCUGCUGGCGGAGGACGCGGACCCUGCCGUGAUCGCCAACGCUGGGCCCAUCGCGGAGUGGGCCAGGGCGUGGCAGGAGGCGACGGACAUGGCCACGCUGGGCCUCCUG